AUGAGCCCCCUGCUGCGACAGAAGUUGGAGACCACACCACGGGAGGUGCGACGAGUGCUGAGAAGUUUCGGGCAACCAGCGGACGACUGUAGCGUAACCUUGUUGCUCACGGAACAUGGUAUGCCCAAGUACAUCGUUGAGCUCAAGGACGGCACGCGGCUCUUCAUGGGCAGCGUCUUCGGAGACUCGAAGGACUCCGACAACGUGCUUGCCUCCAUGCGCGCUGCGAAUUCUGCCGCAGGCUUCUUGCCGACGUCGGUAUCCAUUGGCGGCUACUUAUCCACAGAGUCAGGGGAGCUCUUGGAGGACGGGGAUGGUGGACGGAGGUGGAUGCUGGUGCCAUGCUUUGAGGAGAAGCAGUCCCUUGCAUCGGACAAGCACACUCCGAUGAGCGAAUGCUCGUACAAGCUGCCAGCCACGCUUGGUGCCUUGCACACCGCGUUGCACAGAAGUGGCGCCAGCGUCGAGGGUCUGAAGUACUACUCCGCCGUCGCAAGCUUCCAGGCAACCCGGGCGAACCUUCAAAAAUCCAUGGCCUCAACAUCGGCGAUGCCCUCGGACUUGAGGCGAGUUCUUCAGCCCGUGGAGCAGUGUCUCGCACAGCUGCAGGAAGCCGACGUGGCAGUUUUGGAUGCCCUGCCCCGGCAAGUGAUUCACAGUGACUUCCAGCCCAAGAAUCUGAUGCUGGGCCCUGAUGGCUCCCUGCGCAUCUGUGACACAGAGACCAUGACCCAGGGCCCCAGAAUCUAUGACUUGCUCUUCGUCUUCAUGGGUAGCGACGACAGCGACUUGGUUGGUCAGUGGGGUGCCGCGCUGGACCGACUCGAAGAGUAUCUGGUCGCCUCUUGGCCGCUGAAUGAGGAGGAGCUGCAAGCCAUGCCUACUGCUCUUGCCCAUCUUGCGACCGGCAUCGCAGCAUGGGCUGCGCAGAAAUUCGAGAACCCUGGUAGCUUAACUCCGGAAAGGCUGAUGCAGAUCACCACCUGCUUCUCGAGGGCCGUCAAGGAGUUCUUAGAUUCUGAGAGGAUCCUUGCGUGCUGCGGUCUGGCAAACUGCUUUGCAGGAGGCCCUGCCGUGGAACUGGAGGCUUACUGUGCUUACUUCCGCAAGACAGAAGAUCUGGGCAUGACACUUCGGUGCCCGGCAUUGGAGGCCGGCGAGAGGGGAGCGGCUGUCUUUUUUAAUGGCACUUUCUCUCCUGUGCAUGCUGGGCACCUGGCGACUGCUGAAUCAGCCGCCAAUGCCGUGAAGGAGCUGGGAUUUGACAAGGUCACGGUUGUCUUCUCGCCAUGCCACGAUUCCCAUGAGGGCGGAAAGCUCAAGCAACUUUGUGUUGGCGUUCAGCACCGUGCUGCGAUGCUAGAAGCUGCGGGAGCGACUGUGGACUUGUAUGAGGCUUACCGCGACACAGCAGCCAUUGACUUGGAAGGUGUGCAGUCGUCCUUCGUGCAGCGGCUGCCUGCCAACUACGAUGCCUUUUUCUUGGUGGGGGCGGACAUUGCGAGCUGGAGGUGGCUUCGGAGGAAAGUUGCUCUCGGCCUCUAUGUGCUGCUUGUAGUGAAUCGCCCGGGAUCCGAAUCUCGCGUUGAAGCGUGCGAAAGGAGCUUUCGAUCGCGGCCCUGGCCGGGCUCCCUUCAUGUGGUUCGCGGUAAGGGCACAGGCAAGUCUUCCACACGGAUCCGUGCGGCUGCAGCUGGUAGUGGUGACUUGGAAGCAGAGGUGGGCAUUCCGGAGGUUGCGGCAUACAUUGCAAAACAUGGAUUGUACAGGACAGCCUUGGAUGGAGCAUGA